AACCCUAGAGCCUGCUUCUUCUAGACCCUUCUCUUUCCUUCUUAAAGAACAAUAGCUCUUAUCUGCUGUAGCUCUGGCUCCGUUCUCGUCCAUCUCUCUCUCUCUCUCGUGUGCAUUAACAGCUUCUCCAGAUCACAAUCAUAAGCGCUUCUUCAUUUCUUGCAUAAUCUAGAAAGCCAAUGUACCGCUUCGCCGCAAACCUUGCCUCCAAAGCUCGGGUUGCCAGGAACACCACCCAGCAGAUUGGGGGCAGAUUGAACUGGAGCAGAAACUAUGCCGCGAAAGACAUCAGAUUCGGGGUGGAGGCUCGGGGUUUGAUGCUAAAGGGUGUUGAAGAGCUUGCUGAUGCUGUUAAAGUGACUAUGGGCCCGAAGGGUCGCAAUGUAGUGAUUGAACAAAGCUUUGGUGCCCCCAAAGUGACCAAGGAUGGUGUAACUGUUGCAAAGAGCAUUGAGUUCAAGGACAAAGUCAAGAACAUUGGUGCAAGCCUUGUAAAACAGGUUGCUAAUGCAACCAAUGAUGUAGCUGGUGAUGGUACUACAUGUGCUACAGUUCUUACCCGAGCAAUAUUUACCGAAGGUUGCAAAUCAGUUGCUGCUGGGAUGAAUGCUAUGGACUUAAGACGGGGAAUUACUAUGGCAGUUGAUGCUGUAGUAACAAACUUGAAGAGCAGGGCAAGGAUGAUUAGUACAUCUGAAGAAAUAGCCCAGGUGGGGACAAUAUCUGCAAAUGGUGAAAGAGAAAUAGGUGAGCUGAUAGCAAAGGCAAUGGAAAAAGUUGGCAAGGAGGGAGUCAUCACGAUUUCAGAUGGUAAGACACUGUAUAAUGAAUUAGAAGUUGUAGAGGGUAUGAAACUGGAUAGGGGCUACAUAUCCCCAUAUUUCAUCACGAAUGAGAAGAAUCAGAAAUGUGAAUUGGAAGACCCUCUAAUUCUCAUCCAUGAGAAGAAAAUCUCAAGUAUAAAUGCUAUAGUGAAAGUUCUUGAGUUGGCAUUAAAGAGGCAAAGGCCCCUGUUAAUUGUUGCAGAAGAUGUGGAAAGUGAUGCUCUAGCAACUCUUAUUCUCAACAAAAUUCGCGCUGGAAUCAAGGUUUGUGCUGUAAAAGCCCCGGGGUUUGGAGAGAACAGGAAGGCCAAUCUGCAGGAUCUUGCAACUCUUACUGGAGGAGAUGUUAUAACUGAAGAACUUGGUUUGAAUUUGGAGAAUGUGAAUUUGGACAUGCUUGGAUCAUGCAAAAAGGUCACAAUCUCCAAGGAUGACACAGUUAUUCUUGAUGGUGCUGGAGAGAAGAAGGCGAUAGAGGAAAGAUGUGAACAGAUUAGGUCAGCAAUUGAAGUAAGCACUUCUGAUUAUGACAAGGAGAAACUGCAAGAGAGAUUAGCAAAGCUUUCUGGAGGUGUUGCUGUAUUAAAGAUUGGAGGAGCAAGUGAAGCUGAAGUUGGGGAGAAGAAAGACAGAGUGAACGAUGCUCUGAAUGCUACUAAAGCUGCUGUAGAAGAAGGAAUUGUACCAGGUGGUGGUGUUGCUCUUCUUUAUGCAUCAAAAGAGUUGGAUAAGCUGCACACAGCCAAUUUUGAUCAGAAGAUUGGUGUUCAGAUUAUUCAGAAUGCUCUAAAGACACCUGUUCACACAAUUGCCUCCAAUGCUGGAGUUGAGGGGGCUGUUGUCGUCGGCAAACUAUUGGAGCAAGACAACCCUGAUCUUGGAUAUGAUGCUGCCAAAGGUGAAUAUGUAGAUAUGGUAAAGUCUGGAAUUAUCGACCCACUGAAGGUCAUAAGAACUGCUCUGGUUGAUGCAGCAAGUGUCUCGUCGCUGAUGACAACCACCGAAGCAGUUGUAGUCGAACUUCCCAAGGACGAGAAGCCAGUCCCGGGUAUGGGUGGCGGCAUGGGUGACAUGGAUUAUUAAGGAUCCUAGCUGUUUCUGUGCUGAUCCAACCUGACUGACAUUGUGUUUCAGAAAAGAAAUAAACAUCACAAUUUUGGUCCAUCUAGUAAAUCUUUUAUGGAGGGUAGGAUAAAUAUGUUUUGGCCCCAUGAGAGUUCCAUUAUGUUCAAAAGUGAGAUUGUAGGAUACGAACUUGCUCUGUUGUUGAAGGGAGGAUCAGUCUGUAAUUUCUCUGAUGCAUAAUCAGCAAUUGAAAAUCACUUUGUUUCAAUUAUCCUUUCUGCUCUCGAGUAGUUAGUUAGUUCUAUUGUGAUACUGGCUUCUAUUCUAUUUUUAGAUAGAAGGGUCACUCUCAAGUUGUUUGGACCUCAAUAAACUGGCCCAAUCCUUACCCUUUUUGUUUUGUCAUGGUUGAAAUAAUUAUUCUA